CAAAGCGUCUCCUCCGUGCUGUGGAGCGCGGACGCGGCUCUUGGACCCACACUUCUCCCCACGCACCCGCGUCGCGCUGUCACGCCUCCACGCAUGAUCCUCCACCCGCGUGCCGCGGCGCGUCGCAGCCGAGUGUGAGUCGGAGCUGCUCGGCGUGUCGCACUCCGAUGUCCCCGGCGUCGUGCCGCCUGGUGCCUCGCUGAGCCGCGCUUCCCGUCCGCUGGCUGCUCUAUCGGCUGUGAAGCCCCCGGCCCCCUCCCCACCCCCUCAGCCCCUCACGCGCGGACUACGUUCAAGCGGACAGCAGAGGUUUAAAGGCGCGUAUUGAGCCGAUCCUCGUCGCUUCCACCUUCUUUCCUUUUGGAAAUCUCCACUGAUCGCCGGGGGAAACGGGGGGGCAGCAUGAGCGGACGCGGGGACGAGGCCGGGGAGAGCUCGGGCACCCAGGAGCCCACGGGGUCCGCGGAGCCGCCGAAGAGGAGACCGGGGAGACCGAGGAAGCCCCAGAAAGAGCCCAGUGGAGAGCCUGUCCCGAAGCGACCGAGGGGCCGCCCCAAAGGAAGUAAGAACAAGGGCCCCUCAAAGGUGGCACAGAAGAAGGUUGAAGCAGCUGGAGAGAAGCGACCCAGGGGGCGACCCAGGAAAUGGCCACAGCAAGUUGUCCAGAAAAAGCCCGCUCAGGAAGAAGAGGAAGAAGAGGCUGGAGAGUCCCCAGAGGAGGACUGAGCUUCCACACCGUGAAACCUCUACCUCAUUCAGCUGUCAGGUCUUUCAAAAAGGGAAAAGACUGCCUUGACCACUUGUUUGUGACCUUUAUCAAACAUUUUACUUGGAUUCAAUUUAUUUAGACCUUAUUUUUCCACGUACAGUUUUUAAAAAUGUAUUAUUGCAUCCUGUCAGUCACACAGUCGCAGACAACAGAACAGUCAGACACACUCACACUCACACACUCGCACACAACAGAACAGUCAGACAAACUCAGUGCACGUCCCGUUUUUUUUACGCUGACUCAUCACAUUUUUACUGAUGCUAAUCCCCACGAAACAGGAGGCAGCCAAUCAGAAGCUACUGCCUAUUGGUCAAACGUGUAAAAGUCUAGCGGAAAGAUCGUCCUCGCUGUCGUCAGCCCUGAACAACAAAUACACACUCCUCAAUGAGAAUCAACAAAAAAAAACAUGUUGACACCCAAAAGUUUGGAAUUUGUUGUUCAGAGCUUUCAUUGUAACAGAAUCUCCAAACACUGACAGAGAAGAAAAAGUGUCUGACGCAGCCUGGAUUUGUUAAACAAACACUAUAGUUCUAGUUCAUGGCUCUAAAACAAACCAACAAACAAUCACCUGAAGUGCUAUAGACCAUCAAAAACAGGGAGACUCCAAAAUCCUUCCUCAGGGCAGUGGUUGGUUGGUUUCUUCUUUGUUAAGUUCUAUCAAAUGAUACAAGUUGUUAACAUUGGCUCAGAUGCAGCUUUAGAAUCCUCCUGAAACGUCCACUACAUCUUACUGUAACAGCAAACAUGGUCGAUAUCGCAAAUAGGCAAGUAGUUUUUGUAUUUGUGGGACAUUCUGGUUCAUUUAUACUGUUUAAUAAGAGAAAAACCUCCACGACCAAGUCAUGGCCUUAGACUCGUCAGAGAGCAAGAAAAGCCAGUUUCCUGUUUCAGAUUCUCAGGGCUGUAACUUUUAUUUGUGUUGUGUUGUUGAAUCCACAACUUUUGCAAUCCUUUACCUUUCUCAACAAUGAAGCCAACGCAGACGUUUGUGGGAUUGAAUUACUAGCGGUUUGAAGUACUUGCUCUUCCUUUCGUUGAUGGACUCACGCGCUUCGUCUCCUUCAGGUCUAUAAAACUGCCAGUACUACUAGAAGUACUACUUCUCUCAUCCUGUUGAUGCCGUUGAGCACCAGACUGCUUCGCUUCCCAUUUUAUUUGUUGCUUUGGCCAUUUCGCCUAUUUGUGCAACAUAGCUUUAAAUCGAUUUUGUCACACUGCAAAGAGAUUCACAGUCAUCUGCAUCGCAAGCAAGAACAAAACAAACACAAACACAAACACAGGAGAAAAACAAAACACACCUUACCUCACGAGACACUUGACACCUGGGUUUAGUGGCAGCGUGACAUUGGGUGACUCAUCUCACACUGUAACUCCAGGCUUUUAUGUUUAUGGAAACUUGACAGUUUGCCAGUGCUUUGUGGUCACUGAAAACGAAUAUCUUCUCAUGAUUUCAAACUACCUCUGACUCCAACCAGCUCACGUUGCUCAGUACACAGAAACCAAUGCAUCAGGAAAAGGCAGCGUCUGUCACGUUUGACAACAUGUUUUUAACGAUGAAUACUGUACAUUCAAACGAGGUCCCGCGGUUGUUGCCUCGUCGUGGGGCGAUGUGUCGACAGCUGUCUUCUUCGGUUCAGUCAGGUAAAAGCCUUUGUGAUCGACGAAGAAGGAAAAGUCACUUAUGACAGAGUCAUGCGCAUUACAAAUUUUAAAGAAUGUUUAUUUUGCUAAUGCCCAUUAUUUUCCUCACUCGCAAA